UGAUCAGAGGAACUCCAUAUUAUACUCCUAUCGCACUCCAAAGGCAAACCUGACACAAUCAAAUUCUGUAUUCGCAUUUAACGAUAUGCAGACAAUGGAGGAUGCUAUCACACAAUUAUAUGAUAACUAUCAUAAUAGUGUUAUAGGACGGCAAGAUCCUAUUGUUGAACGAGUAUUUACAGUAGAAUUUCGCAGGGGCAAUACAUUUGAAGUUUGUGAACAACGACACGUUUUUAAUUAA